GACUGGUGGCGAAGAGAGUUUAAUGUAGUGAAGCGGAAGCGGCGACGCUGCUAGGGAGAAGCAGUUCUUUUGUGUCUAGAUAAGCGAAAAAGAAAACUACCAUAUCAAACAGCAGCAGCACCGGGCGAUAAAAUUCUGUGCUGGAAUCCGCGACAAGUUUGUGACGUUUGAAAGUAGUGAAGUUUUCUGUGAGAAAUUGGCCAGCGAACAUCCGGUCGCAAAAAAAGUGUCCGGGAGCUCCCCCGCAAGUUGUCUCGACUGGGAGCGGAAAGGUGGAAGGAAGUUUUAUGUUAUAGGUUCUAGACAGGAAAAUAAUUUUCCCUCAAUUCGGAGGAAGACGACAACGUUGCAAUAAAGGGAGGAAAAAAUCAAUCACUUUGGGAAGCCUUUCCUCCUGGAGUAGGAAAAUAAGUGAAAAGUUAAUUCGAUUCCGACCCGAGGUGGGAACAAGAAAGAGAAGAUUACUCUUAAGAAAAAGGAGUGCGCCUGAGUCGCAAGUGGAAGAAGGCGAUUCUUAGUGGCAAUGCAAAAGAUAAUGGAGUGAGAUUAUAUCAAAAAGUUUGUUCGAGACGCAAAGCGCCAGUCUGAAGAAGUUCUGGUUCCCAACAAGGUUCCCGUUCCUACGGUACAAGCGCUGUGCAAAAUUUGCACAUAUCUUAUGUCGCUUUUCCCAUUGUUUGUGACCACUGAAAGAAGCCGAGGAAGAAAGAGUGAAACAAAAAUCGUAUUUAUUUCGGUUUAUAUAAGUAUAUUUUUAUGUGCAAGAAAAUUUACACCAAUAUAGAAUUCGAGAAUUCCACCGAAGGUGAUUUCGGUAGUGUGAUUCUGGUUCGAAGAAGUUCAACGUUUUCCGGGAGUGAUCAUCAACUCGUGGAAAGUGUGCAGUGGUCAGUUGGCAGUCUGGCACGACCAGCGAAUAUCCAAUUAGACGAAAACCCAAUUCGUUGUUAAAUAGAUUCAACCUGUGGUCGUUCGUCCGGCAGCAGCUCAGGUAAAAGAAAAACCCCCAUAAAGAAGGUGUACGCAGUACGGGCAGAAGAAGAUCAUUGUUCUUGGGAGGAAGACACGCACACAGGUUUGCCACGAGGCUCUGAAGCCUUCUGCUGCACCGUCAUCGUCAUUGGAGUUGACCGGCACUGCCAUCGGAUCAGAUCAGUGGUGGUUUUCUCAACAGAACAGCAGUCCGAUGAUCACCAAUAAUUGAUCGCCCAGCUCCCAGUAUCUCAUUUGAUCGUUGUCGUUCAAACAACAAGUCGUCACACUGCCGUCGAUCAAGUCCAGCUCCGAAUCGCCGUUAGAUCCAGUAGUGUGGAAGACCGUUGUUGGACAAGAGUUGCCACCUAAAUAUGGAUAAAAUUUGCCUCAUCUGGGAAAGGUGACAGCACCGUUUCCAAGAUCUACGGGACGGAGAAAAGAAAAACCGUUGGAUUGCUAAGCGAGCCACCAGAGAAAAUGUAAACUUCAGUGAGCAGAGUACAUCUUAAGGCGUUCACGAUGGCCAAAGCUAGCCGUAAUGGCUCGCCAGCAAUGGGGGAAAAUGUUGUGUGAUAGUUGAAAUUCAAAUUUUGUUCGAAACCAGUAGUCGUAGUAGGAAAGAAGGUGCCAAUCGGAGCUAACGACACGCGACCGAAAAAGCCGGUGGAAUAAAUUAGCGGAAAAUAUCAAUCCACUUUGCUUUGGGGGUUUCAAGCGGUAGUGAGAAGUCUGGGUAUUGGUGUUGCAUUUUGCGAAGCUAAGUGUGUAGAGGUUAAGGUGAAACUUUGCCGAGACAGAGCGAAAGCGUGAGACUGCGCACGUGGUGAGAGUAAAAACCGUUGCGACAGAGCGAGAGCAAAAAGCCAAAAGCAUCAAGUGCCAAGAGAGUGCAGAAGGCUUAAGUGUGGUGAAUAAGUCAGUUGGAGUAAGGUGGUGAAUUUAAGUUUUGGAGGCAGCCCCAGACAAGCACAAUGAAUCCAUACGCUGAACACAACGUCAUCCGGGCGCCAUCUUUGAAGCGCGGAAAGAACGACGAGGGGCUUAACAAUCGGAUCAAAUUAAAGAAGAUCCUCGGUUUAACAGUGUGCAGCAAUGCGGGCCUGGACGUGUCAUCGUCUUCCGGUGUUUUGGCCUAUCCAGCAGGAUGUACCGUGGUCCUGUUCAACCCGAAAAAGCUCACCCAGUCCUUCCUGCUAAACACGGCCAAGAAGGCCAUCACGGCGGUAGCAUACUCCCAAUGUGGUCGCUACCUGGCGACCGGCGAGUGCGGACACAAUCCCUCCAUCAAAGUGUGGGAACUGGACGUCAAUGGGAAUGCCAACUACGAAAACGGAGCCGCCGGCAGCAUAGUGGCGGAAUUCUCCGGUCACAAGUAUGCCGUCAGUUGUGUGGCAUUCUCGCCCACCGGAAAGUAUCUUGUUUCGGUGGGCUCACAGCACGACAACAUUGUCAACGUGUUCGACUGGAAGGCCAAUCUGAAGAUUGCGUCUAAUAAGGUGACGGCCAAGGUUGUCGCUGUGAGCUUCAGUGAAGAUGGGAACUAUUUUGUGACGGUGGGAAAUAGACACGUGAAGUAUUGGUAUUUGGAGGGUAGCCGAAAGUACAAGGAACCGAUCCCGUUGAUGGGACGCAGUGCGAUACUGGGAGAAUUGCGCAACAAUGACUUUUGCGCGGUGGCUUGUGGCAAAGGGGAAAUGUCGGACAGCACGUAUGCUAUAACGAGGAAUGGCCACCUGGUGGAGUUCAAUUCCCGGAGAUUAUUGGAUAAGUGGGUCAUGUGUAGGACGAAUGCAGCCAAUUGUUUAGUCACUAGUACAAAGUAUAUCCUAGUGGGUUGCGCCGAGGCCAUCAUCAGAGUGUUCAACGCAGAGACCCUGGAAUAUAUCACUACCCUGCCGCGAACGCAUUUCCUCGGAGUGGACGUGGCCCAAGGUGUCCAUAUCAAUCACAUGAUGUCCGCUCCACAGAAUGCCAAAUACCCGGACACGAUUGCGAUCGUGUACGACGAGAACCGAUCCAAGGUGACGAGUGUCUACAACGAUCAUAGUUUAUACAUUUGGGAUUUGCGGGAUAUCCGACGGGUGGGUAAGAGUAAUUCGUUUUUGUACCACUCUGCGUGCAUCUGGGGAGUGGAAACUGUGCCAUUUAGCUAUCUGAAACACAAUGUGUCGGAUACGCUGCCAUCGGAUAGCUUCCUGACGUGUUCGUCGGACGACACCAUUCGGGUUUGGGACAUCGAAAACGGUGAAAGUACUGAACUGUACCGGAAGAACAUCUACAGCAAAGAGUUGAUGAAGGUGAUAUACAUCGACGAGGAAUUGAAUCACAUCAAGGAUAUCGACAAUCCGAUUCAUAAUACGGAAAAGAGUUCAAGUUACGAUGGGCGGAAUGGGGUGAGAUGCAUCAAAAUCAACCCAGAUAACAGUCAGUUGGCUACCGGUGAUAGGAGUGGUAACAUUAGGAUCUACAAUCUAAGUAAUCUCAAACUGAUCACAACGAUCGAAGCGCACGAUUCGGAAGUGUUGUGCCUGGAGUACACCAACGAAAAAAUCGAACGAAAGCUGCUGGCCAGUGCUAGUCGAGAUAGGUUAAUUCACAUCUUCGAUUGUGAAGCUGGUUACCGAAUUCUGCAAACCUUGGAUGACCACUCGAGCAGUAUAACCUCAGUGCGGUUUAUUGGAUCGGGCAAGCAGUUCCAGAUGGUGUCCUGUGGUGCCGACAAAUCCAUCAUAUUCCGGAAUUUCCAAAACAAUGUCUUUCUGCGGGGCAACAACUGCUCCGGUAAAAAUACGCUUUACGACAUGGAGGUAGAUAGUAAUUAUAAACACAUCUUGACGGCAUGUCAGGAUCGCAAUAUCCGUGUAUACAGCACACAGAACGCCAAACACACCAAGACUUUCAAGGGGUCUCAUUCGGACGAAGGAAGUCUGAUAAAGGUUAGUUUGGAUCUCAGUGGAAUCUACAUUGCCACUUCCUGUACGGAUAAAACUCUCAGCGUGUAUGACUACUAUUCCAACGAAUGCAUGGCUCGCAUGUACGGACACAGUGAAUUGGUGACAGGAUUGAAAUUCACGAACGAUUGCAAACAUCUCAUUUCUGCUAGCGGAGAUGGGUGUGUCUUUGUCUGGCAGGUUCCACAUGACAUGAUAGUAACAAUGCAAGCUCGAUUGUCCCAGCAAGCGCUUCGAUCUGGUCAUCAGCCAAUCCCAAGGCCUCUUUCAAAUCCGUUCACCGAUGCUAUCCUUGAUCACCCGGCACCCCCUGAACAAUUUGGAUCCCCGCCAAACAACCUGUUCAUAGAGGAUGCUCCUGUGACGCCAGGAUAUCGAUUUUCUGACGUUGGCCAGUUGCCACAAUGGGCCAAACGGAAACCCACGGAAGAUCAGUCGAAUUCACCAGUUCUCGGUAGCAGUCCUAGCCAAAGCCAAACCAUUGGAGGUCCUCCAAAACCACGAGGACGAUGGGGUCAGAAAGGACAAUUUGACGAAGCACUCGAUCUGCGCAACAUUGUCGAUAGCCCUAUGAAUACAACUUACAGCACCGACAAAUCAGUUCUUCAUCACGCAAACAACAACACCCCUACUUCCGGCUAUAAUAGCGGCGGCUCAAAGGAUGUCUAUAGCAAUGCGUACCUCAGCGAGGACAGUUCGAUCGACAGUGGUCGAGAAAAUCGCCGGGAAAUCACGUUUCUGCAGCAUAAGAAAAUUUCCGAGACUAAGGCAUUGAAUUCUCUCAAUUCGGAAUCGAACACGGAGCACGAUGGAGACGUAGAGGACAUUUCCGAUGGAGAACGGACCAGUUCCGAGCAUGGAAUGGUAUAUUACCCGACGGCGGCGCCCUCGACGCCAACAGAUUUCAAAAUCAACGAGAUCGAUGUGAACGAGCUGCGAAAGUCAAUCCGACGGCAGAAAUUGGAGAAGCAAGGAUUAAGUAUUGCAGCGCAGCUUCAGAUGCAAAGUGCUGCCUCCACAGGGACUGGCACAGGAACAUCGGACGACGAAGACGAAGGGUCCACUCCGAGUGGUGACAACGCUGACCGAUCGCUAGCGUCUACCUUGGGUGGAAGUUCUGAAAGCAUACCACAGCAGACGUCGUCAACCUUCCUGCAGGCCGCACUUGACGGACCGGCCAGUCUUUCCGAUAAAGAACGGGUUCAAAGCCGUAAAAGCAUCAGCGCGAUGCACAACAACGAUGCCAAAAUCACGACCAGCAUCUCCAAAUCGUACGCCAACAACAAGAAGGAAGAACUAAUGAAAGUUAUCAACGAGGCCAAAGCAAAGCUGGAAAAUGAGAUUCUUAUUCAUAGUAAGCGUGACGUUAGUUAUACAUUAAAUCUAGCUCAUUCGAAGGUUGGUUACCGGUCCGGUCUGCGCGCUAGUCAGAGCAUAUCCGAUCUAAGUCACUCGAUGGGUCCUGGAAGCGGGGGCGGCAUUGGCCGGAUGCAGAGGAUAGGUGAUCCAUACUUUUAUCGUAACUAUCCUCCACCUCCGGUACCAAGUAGUUAUAAUUAUUUAAAUUGUGCUGCUCCUCGGUCGCGUUUAGUUCAAAACCACGCUAUGAUCAACCAAUUUCAGCAGGAACUUCCACCUUAUCCGAGAAACCUCGGAAUCUAUCCAAAACCCGAAGAAGAGGACAACAGUAGUGAGGAAGAGAAUACGUUGGUCCGCCCCGAUAAACUAGAACUUCCAGAACUUCCACCGGUACCAGCGGAUAAACUCCGCAAACAUCCAAGCAUAUUGAAAAACUACAAAUCCUGUCCAGUAUCUCCAGUACACGAAGAACAGGAAUGGACUAUAAUCUCCACGAACCAGGACGUCGAGGCAGGAACGUCCAAGGAAGGUCCCGGUGCACGAUCACAUCGGCAGGGCCGUCAUUCGAUGUAUUACGAAGAUGCCAAAACGAUCCUUGAUAUGAUUCACUCGGACACAGAGAAGAUGAUUAAGGAAAUCACUAGCAAAUACGGAGACCUGGACGACGUGCAACCCAGUAAAUCAACUCAGGAACCGCAGCCCUCUAUCUCAGCGGACUGUGAACCCAAACGUUUGGAAAAAGUUAACAAAACACUAGAAGGUCUAAGGAAUACCGCUCGAAAGGAGCGACACGAGCAUGGAUUCCUUUCCGAAGAUGACCCCAACUUUAGCUCAGAUUCGUUAGAAGACUGUAGUCUAGACUUAGAUCUAGGUAAGACUGAACAAGGUAGAAGUAAGCGAAAUGCCUGUGCCAAACAUCAGAAACCUCCUCGGACGGUGGACUCACUGCCAAAACGAUCCGUCUCGGAUUACUUUAUCUACGAUAGCUUCCAACCGGCGCCGUACCGGAAUGUUUCCCUCUCGGAUAUCCUGGAUGAAGACAAACGAGCUUCGGACAACCGCUUCAUAGAAACACAACGCCAUUCUAGUGCCAGCUUCUUCCUUGGCCAGCAAUACCCCGACCGAAAGAGUCAAGAAAGCAUCCUUUCCGACGAAUACGGCAGUGGAGGCGUCAGCUAUUGCAACAGUAUGGAAAGUAUCCUAUCGGACGACUCCGAAUGCAAAUCUGCACCUCUAGAGGUUUUGUUCGAAAAAAUCAAACGCGAACGCCACUACAGCAGUAACUACGACUCAAAGUUAGAUCCAGGGUGUAAUUCAAAAUCGUACGGAUCGAGUCCAAACGCUGGUAGUGGAUUCGAUUACUACAUGCAAGGUAACUAUUUCAACCAAACCUGCCACGAUAGCUACGCAGUCGAACAUUUCGAAGCUAGUCGACGGAUUUCCGAGUCACGAUCACCUCAACACAAACGCCAAGGUGUUCCUGGUAUGCCAACAUCGAUCAGCUAUCCUCGGUUCAUAUCAAGUUCGGCGAUGGCAGCCGCUUCCAUUGCCGAACAGUCUCCGGAAGAUGACUUCAUACCCUCGUUGACAUCGAAGGCCGCCCAAUACGGCGGAGCAACGGUUAAAAGCCUUAGCAAAGAUUUCGCCAACCAACGAAAACAAAUGAACUCCAACCCACUGUACAACUGCGAAGACAAAGAAUUAUUCGUCCGAAAAACGGUGAACGCUACAAAUCAGGUAAGCCGGUCGGACAUUUUCGGCGCCGAGUCAUCCGUAUACGUGAUGAAAAAGUCGUGCAGUUUUGAAAUCGAAAUGGGUGGUCGACGAAUUGCUAGAAACUCGAAAAAGUUUGAACAAAACUUACAGCGGUUCGAACAGGAGCGCCAGCAAUCGGAUCGCUACCAAUUUGGAGGCACUUUGGAGAUGGAUUACGUUCCACAUAAGCCUCCGGUUGCGCAUCGACGAUCGGCUAGUAUGAAGGGUCGUGGAAGAGUGCGAUCGAAGGAAAAGUUCAAUACGAUCAUCGGACAGAUGUCGGCUUCGUCGGGGUUCGAAGACAACAAGUUGCGGGAUUUUGUGAACAAAGACUACAUGCCCAAGGAUUGCGGCAUAGCGGGGUCCUCUCGAAUGAGGAGCAAGGAUACCAAUGAGGAGAAGUCGUUCGAAAUUUACGUUGCGGAGAAGGGAGUCUGCGAAGAUGAUAACAUGGAUAGCUUGGAGCUGCUAUCCAAGCCCGAUAUGGGAAUGGAACGCUCGGUGGACUCACUGGAUGAAGUACAUCACCCUUCGCAGCAACAGCCUCAAGGAGCUAGAGAUCCUCCGGAGAAAGGAAAAACAGAACUGGAAAAGCUGAUCGACUUCAAUUUGAUGUCAUCGGCAGAAUACAGUAAGUUUUUGGACAUCGAGAAGAAGAUCGAUAUCAUCAACAAACUGGUGGAAAUGGAAGAGCGUAAGCUGGAGCAGGAACGUCUUGCCAAGGAGAACCGCAUGAAGCCGUUUGAGUGCGACUCGCGGCAGAAAGGCUACGUGAAGAGUUUGACGGAGAACUUCGACAAAUUGGCCAAAAAUGCACAGGAAGAGUUGGAAAACGAGAAAAGCUGGCACAUGGCGGCCCGAGCCGGUAUGAAGCGGAAUUUCAGUCUGCCGGAUGUGCUGGAGGGGGCAAAAUUUCAGGCCUUUGACUUUGAGGACGCUUUCAAGCAGAAGGACGAAGAGGAACUGUCGGAAAAGGACGAACACUCGCUGGGAUACGUGGACGGUGAAGGCGGUAAUCCCCGAAGCUUAAUCUCUGCGCAAGAUAGUGAUGAGUCGACGAUUAGACGUGCUUGCUCGCUUAGUGAUUUGAGUAUGGGAAAAGCUAACAAUUACAAACCGGUGCCUAGCAGUAGAGGAUCGGUCCAACAGCGAAAUGCCCCAAAACGGAGUACAUCUUCGGUUGGGAAGGGUGGCGCUUCACUUUCGUCUGGAAUGGGAGUACGGAGUGUUUCGGUUGGCAUGUUGAAUCAAGCGAGCGACUCGGAACCCGAACCACCAACCAGGGGAGGCCUGAUGAAACCAACCAUCAGUUCACAGAACAAAGUCAAUGGAACUAACAACGGAAAUAACGGCAAGUACAUUAAUCCCCGAAGCGCAGCCGGAAUUAUCAACCGACGGAAGGGUCUUCAGAGUGCUUACAGUAGUGUGAACAUUGCAUCCGCCGCCCAGGAUGAGUCCAGCUCGGAGGAAUCGCCCACCAGUACGGUGAGUACGGUGACGCAGAAGCCGGCAGUGCCGCCACGACCUCGAAGUAUCGCCCUGGAGCACAAGCGGAUAGCGAACGUGAAUGCUAGCCUGAAUGCGAAGAAGGCUCCCACUACCAACAUGGAGAUGGAGACGAUGAUUAAGGAUGGCGAUCUGGAUAAUAGCGACAUAACCAACCAACUGUGCUCCAACAUCAUCAACCAAUUGGUACAAACAACGACCUCGGUGAUUCAGCUGCAUCAGCGGCUAAAGUCCAACGACGAGUCCGGUGGCGGAAGUGGACGGAACAACUCACUCAUGAUCAAGGAGCUGGAAAAUGCAGUCAUCAUGACACAGAAUAUGCUGACGAAGGUCACGAAUAGGAACAUCGGCGGGGACAGCAUUAACCUAAACAACAGCACCAGCAUGUACGAGAAGUGCAACGACAUCUUGAAUCAGGUGCAAAAGCACGUGAACAACAACGGCUGAACAGCCAUUAACAGUAGACAAACAGCAGCAAUAUCGACGACUAGUAACUGCCCCAGGAUUACACACUCUUCUUAAGACAACAACAAAAAAUCACAAAAUAUCAAUCAACUCUAAUUGUGUAACCAUCUUCCAACUUUUUCCCCUUGUUCUCUGGAUUGAUACAUCUAUUUAUCUACAGUUUAUUCGUCAUCUAGGUUUAAGUCCAAAGCAGUUGAAAAAAAAAUGUGUAAAAUGUCACGUGUGAUCGUUUACGAAUGUUUGUUCAAUUAGGAAGAUCAGAAUCAGCUUUAAAACAGGAUUGAAUGUAUGUGUGUAAAGAUAAAAGAAUAAAACAAACACGUUUGAAUGCGGUUCAAGCGAACGGAAAUGUCCACGAGUUAUGGGGUGAUUUACCCGCCAGGAAGCGCAACAGUUGCUGUUGGAAUAAAGUUGAAAUCAAGUUUCGUCCAGUUUAGUUGAUAUGUGUAGCAAUUAGGUUUUAUACAGUUUUGUAGGAAACGUAACGACUAGGUUGAUGAUUAGAAGAAAAAAAGCCAUAUCUAGAUAUGUUAAAUGAACAACGUUGAGUAGAAUCCUUCUGUUUUGUGUUAAGCUGUCGUCAAAACCUAGAAAAAGAUGGUAGGCCAAUUGUUUUAGCGCGCUUUAAGCUUUUUCUUUUUUAACCUAAAUUAUUAACGGUUACAACCGGGAAGGGUUUGGGUACUUAGUUGAUUAAGUUACGUUUUGCUAGGCUUAAUGGAUUCCAUAUGGGACAGAAUCAUUCAGUUAGAAUGCCAUUUUGGAGCGAAGACUUUGCUCGGGAAUGGUUUGGCUUAGAAAUGUUCCCGUUUUUAACAAGUUGAUGGAAUUAAUAUUUGAAAAUCUAGUUAUACAUGGUAGGUUCUAAUCUUAUGAAGAACAACUCGUUUAACAAGUUUCUAGUACUUUUGAAUGGUAUAACAUACGGAAUAACAAUCACUUAAUACCUAUUAAAUCAUAUUGAUUUACCCUACUAAUUGAUAAGUGAGUCAUAAUUGAAAUAAAACAACGCAAAGCAGGAUAAAACGCUCUUUCCGAUACUCAAAACCAGCAUCUCUAUCUUCAGAUGAAAACUCAUUGGUAGUAUUCGAUAACCAUAAUUUCAAAACAAUUUGAAAAACACGUCUUGUAAAAUAUAACAAAUAUUCUAAAUCAAGAGAUAACAAAUCACAAAACUCAGAGAACAUCAAUUCAACAAAUUAAUAUUAAACACAGUCAGUAGAAGAGAAAUCAGUGAUUUCAUCAGUGGAACAAACAAUGCUUUCUGAAAUUCACCUCAAAGUUCAUCUCAAUACUUUGCAGUACUUCUGAGGUGGCCCAUUUUUUAUAUGAAAUAUAAAAUUAACCUGUAGAAAUCUCAAGUUACAUCCCCUAAACUUGUUCAUUUAGACCACCAGAAGCUGCUGUGAAAUUUGAGUUAAAUUCAUCAAUUCUAAGAGGGAGCUAAUUGAGCUUGAAGAUUGUACGGAGAAAAACGAUCAAAUAUAGGGGAAAAAAGCGAUUCCAAUUACAUUUUCGAACAUAGGUGGCACUGUAGUCGGGGAAUUUCUUUCAUUAUUGAUUUCAAGAUUCUCCAUUCAAUACAGAGCCACCCACAAAUCGGUAGUUACGCUUCAGAGUGUUGUAGGUAAUUCAAUCGAUAACAGUAGUGACUGAGUGUCUAACAAAUACGAACUUUAGAGACCCCAUGACUGAAAAAAGUGACGAAACAGGAAUCAAAAGUGGUCUAGUUUUGAACCUCAAAGAGACCUUACAGAAGCCAAGAAAACAAAAAAGGAUCCAAACAGGAACCAGAAAUGAUACUAUUCAAAAGUUUUUUUUUUUUGUAGAUAUCAGUCAUAUCUCUAAACAUAUUUUUAAGAGUUUUUUUUUUGGGAAUUAUGACAAGUAUCAUCGUUCAUGUUCUUCAUGAAAGCUUCGCAAUUAUUCCAGGGAUUCAGCAAGAAAUUAAUUCAAAAUUUCAAAUUUUCAAAAUUGUUUUCCCUGAGAUUCUUCUAUAUUUUUUUUUUGCUAGAAAGUUAGAAUCAAGUUAGUGAUGAUUUCGACCAAAUGUUCCGUUUAGAAAAACUUUCAAACGUGAAACGGUAAUUUCGUCAGAGAUGCCUACACUGAUUUCGUAAGACUUUCACUAGGGUCUCUGAGGAUAUCUUCAGUAAUUACCCCAGAAUUUUUUUUUCCAGAAACUCUUGAACUCA